CAAAGAGAAGGAAUAUGUACGAGUAUAAAUAAAACACAAACAAAGAGGACGAUUUCACAUUUUCUUGACAUUUCCUGAUAUUUUGUGCGCAUGCGCGUCGUACAGCAUCGCGUAGUUUAGCCCGGAUAGUUUAUCGCGCACGUCACACACUCGAGAAAUUCUAAAGUAACCUCUCCAAACUCGAAUUCGACGGAAAAAUAAUCUUUCAAGGGCUGCUAUUUUUCCAAUUACAUCACACCUUUACAUCACACGAUACAAAUUCUUUGCAGUGGUUUCCUAAUUAUUGUUUGUCAUCAUUCGUUGUUGCAACAUGACGUCUCUUGUCGAUGAGGGAAAUGAAGUUCUCGUCAUGUCUGGGAACGACAUAUCUUCCGAUGACACGGCGGAAUUUAUUGCCAUGAUCAAGCAACGUAUCAGAGAUCCCGAUAAAUUGCAUAUUGCGAGCUUAUCGAAUGUAAAAAACGAAAGUCAUGGUGCAUCUACUUUCGAUGUCGUUAUUGUCAUUUUUAAACAACCCUAUACAAACAAGGACUUUUUAACAGAAGCAUUAAGAAUUCUAAAACCUAAUGGCUUGUUAGUCAUUUAUGAACCACUGUCAGUGGAUAAAAAGCUAGAGACAGUACUUACUUAUUCUGAGAGAAUAUCAAGGUUAAAAUUAUCUGGCUUCAAAGUAAAAGAUACAGAGAGAAAGAACUUGGAUGAAGACCUAGAGAGUAAAAAUCUUUUGCUAAAAGUAUAUAGCAAUGUAGAAGAAGUUUGUAAAGUAUUAGCGAAUAAACCAUCAUUUGAGGUGGGCUCAAGUGCUCCUCUUUCAUUUGCAAAAAAACAACCUAAUAUAUGGAAAUUAGAUGACUCAGUAGAAGAAGAUUUAAUAGAUGAGGAUGAACUUUUGGAUGAAUCUGAUCUCAUAAAGCCAGAUGCAUCAUCUUUAAGGGUCUGUGCAACAACAGGUAAAAGAAAAGCAUGCAAAGACUGUUCAUGCGGACUCGCGGAAGAAUUAAGUGAUAAAGCUGCACCAGAAGGCACUGUUAAGUCUUCUUGUGGAAAUUGUUAUUUAGGGGACGCAUUCAGAUGUGCCAGUUGUCCAUAUCUCGGAAUGCCGGCUUUCAAACCUGGAGAAAAAGUACUUCUACCCGAAAAUCAGCUAACUGUUGAUUCCUAAAUUUGUCUUUCCUUUACUGAAGUAUUGAUUAUAAUA